ACGUGCCAGUAUGUGCUGUAGUUGAGCUUAGUAAACUCAUGUAGCCAAGUGUGAAGCGAAAAAUAUAUUGGUCAGCUCACUAACGCUAUAGUUUGUGUGUGAAUGUGGCCUAUGUGGCCUUUAUUUUUUUUAAAUUUUCUACCCAGCACCCGACACUCAACUUCAACUUCCUAUACCGUGACGUCACACCCAGUUACGUGAGGCGCUUGCUCUGAAAACGAAAGAAUUUGCGGCUCUAACAGAAAGCGGAAAUAAAAGCCAUUGAAACAUAUUUCAGCAUUUUUUUCGCUCCCAAAAAGUUUUUUGUUUCAUUUGUUUAAAGGGUUAUUUUCCUCGCAUUUAACAAAACGCGCCCAUUUCGCUAAGGAGCUGUAAACUAACAGCGAGAGACAGCGGUGCUGCAGAUCACUGUGAGCUGAGGACCAGGCCGUGAUGGACAGGCUGACUUUGUCCCACAUAGAUGAGGGCCUGGACUCUUCUGAAGUGGCAGAACUUUGCUUCUUAUGCCGUGAUGUAGUCACCAGAAGACGCCUGGAGAACAUUAAGGAUGCAAAAGACCUGUUCAUGAGAUUAGAGGAAAAAGGUCUGCUGCAAAACGAUGCCUUCCUCAGGCAGCUGCUCUACACCAUCCAUCGAGCAGAUCUCCUCAGGGUCUUGGAGACAGACAGCAGACCGCCAGAGGAAACAGAUGCUAGUCCUGUCCUGUCAGACUACAGAAAGACCCUGUAUUCUAUAUACAAUGGCUUCACUACAGAGAACUUUGAAAAGCUGAAGUUUCUACUGAAUGACGAGCUGGGCAGGAGACAAAUGGAAUUGUCCAAGACACCGCUGGACGUGUUUGCAGAAAUGGAAAAAUCUGCUUUACUAUCAGACACAGAUGUUAGAUUGCUACAUAAAGCACUGCAAGAGUGUGAUCAACAACUGGCAAUUACUUUAGAGGAGUACACACAAAGAGGCGGUCAGCAACGGCAGCAGUUCACGUUACCCCCUGAUGUCAGCAUGGAUAUUGAGAAGACCCAUGAGCCACUGUCUAUAACUGAAACUCAGCCCAACUAUCGAAGAGAGAGUAUUAACACUGAUGCACAACUAGAAACAAAUCCCACCUCUCUUCCUGAUCAGUCAGACUACUACACACUGACUCAUAACCCACGUGGUCUGUGCGUGGUCUUCAACAAUGAGAUCUUCACAGGAACAAAUCUGAGUAAUCGAAAAGGAACUCAGAAGGAUGCAGAUACUCUGACAGAAGUGUUCACUCGCUUAGGUUUUCAAGUGGAGAUACACGACAACUGUACUGCAGAGCAGAUGAAGAAGGAAAUAAAUGAUCUUGGCAGGAUUAAUUUUACAAAUCAUGAUGCCUUGGUGGUGUGCGUUCUUUCACAUGGAGAAAAAGGGUGUGUCUUUGGCACUGAUGGGGGAAAGGUGCUCCUGAAAGAGCUGACGAACCCCUUUACAAGUGGAAGAGCCUCAACCUUGGCAGGGAAGCCCAAACUCUUCUUCAUUCAAGCCUGUCAAGGUGAAGAAUACCAGAAAGGAUACUAUCCCAGCAGCAGAGAGGACGAGAAGCAAAACAAAGGAGCACUGCAAUCAGACGCUUCAAUCCCUGAUGAGGCAGUGCCAGUGCCUGAACGAGCAGACUUUCUGAUCGGCAUGGCCACUGUGGAGGAAUUUAAAUCAUUUCGAAACACAGUCACGGGAUCUAUCUACAUCCAGGAGCUGUGCAAGCAGCUGACAAUAGCAGCAAGAAGACAGGAGAUGGACGAUAUCCUCACUGUCCUGACACGUGUGAACAGGGAGGUCAGCAAAGGAGAGUAUUUAUCCCACAAACAAAUGCCACAGCCCAACUACACUCUCACCAAGAAGCUCGUCCUCAAAUUUGUAUGACCCGACUGUGACCAAAUACAACACUGCAUGUCUACACAAUUCCCGGAUUCACAUUACAGUUUACACUGUGUGUGUGUUUGGUUUGAUAAAUGUGAUUUUUGUAAUUAUGAGCUGAAUAAAAAUUAUCCACAGUGGCAAAUGAAAUGGUACAUUUUUGUCAUUUCUCAAAUAUAAAUAGGAAUUUUUUUUUAUUUGGUGUUUUCCAAACUCUAGAAAAUUGAUUUUCACCUAAAAAUCAUGAAAUCAAAUCUUACACUCUUACACCACUUCUUAACAUUUGAGCAACUGCCAAAAAUAAACAUUACAGGUAAAGGAGCUGCUGAGGUGUAAUAGGUUAUAUAAGGUACUGGUUAAAAUGCUGCUUCAAACCACGACAGCGAUACAUCAUAUAGACCAGUGUUGUACCUCUCUCUUGACCUCUGUACACAGUGACAACCACAGGUGAAUGAGACAGGUUGCAUAAAGCACUUUGAGCGCUCAAAGAAGAAAAAAGCAUUAUAUAAGAAUCACACACCAAAAGUUUUACAUUUGGAUCCGUCACUGCAUAAGAGCUGGACUGAUUUCAUUGCAGGUCUUGUGCAAUCUGGAAUGCCUCAACCCAUUCUUCCCGUUUCCCUUUAAGAAUGGCUUGUUGACAGCCACCCUUCCACGAAGACCUUGUCUGAUGAGACUUAAGUGGACAGUAGCUGGAUAAACUGAAGGGCCAGAUCUCUCAGGUGCUAGAUUUUCUUCAUAUUUAUUAGGUACAUGAAUUUCAUAUACUGUUCACCUGCUGUAGAUAGUUUUUAAAGGCCCGCUACAUCGUCUUCUGUCCACUACUUUUAUAGGGACUGACAGUAUGUAUCCGAUAAAUUUGAAGAAAUGUGUUUUUGGAAAGUGCCUAAAGAUAAAGGAAAAACAUCCUCAGAUCAGAUAAAAGAAUUGGACUAAAAAUGAUUGAAGAAGCAGCCAAUGAUUAUUGUUUAAGACCGCUUUGAAAAAAAGAAGAAGCAAAUCCUGGUUCCUUGGAAGCAAAACAUAAAGAAAUGAAGAGUGACUAGAGAAUUUUUACAGUACUCUAUAAUACUUAAACAGGCAUAUCUUUUUCCUGUCAAAUCAUGAAUGAGCUUAUCUGCAGAGGGCGCCUAUAAAACGUGUUUUCACGUCAUAACGCUGGCCUUCAUCAGCCUGAGAGAAGUUCAGCACACUUGAUGAGCUUGUUUACUACAGAGUCCAAAUAACAGCUCAUAUCAGGUGAAAGGAGUCAGAACUCUGCAAAGUGUGGAAGACUCGCGCGCCAGCAGCAGAGGGCACUUUAGGAGAGCGCGUGCAUUCAGUAACGUGACACCGCCAGUGCUGAAAAUGAGUCAGCGCCUUUCGGGCCCCGCUGUCCGCGAUGUGGGUGUGUGUGAGAGAGAUUCCUCCGGACCACACCCUGCUUCCACAGUUCCAGGAAAAAAAACAACUUUUCACAGCUGCCCAC